CCUAGAAAAGGCUUACGACAAAGUCCCAAGAGAAAUCCUAUGGAGAUGCUUGGAGGCUAAAGGUGUACCUGUGGCGUACAUUAGGGUGAUCAAGGACAUGUAUGAGGGAGCCAAAACCAGGGUAAGGACAGUAGGAGGAGACUCAGAGCACUUUCCAGUUGUGAUGGGGUUGCAUCAAGGAUCAGCUCUUAGUCCGUUCUUAUUUGCCUUGGUGAUGGAUGGAUUGACGCGGCAAAUUCAAGGUGAGGUGCCAUGGUGUAUGCUUUUCGCGGAUGACAUAGUCCUGAUCGAUGAGACUCGUAGCGGAGUUAACGCUAAGCUGGAGGAUUGGAGACAAACUCUGGAGUCUAAAGGGUUUAAGCUGAGUAGGACCAAGACAGAGUACUUAGAGUGUAAGUUUAGUGAAGCACCUCAGGAGGCCGGCUUGGAAGUGAGGCUUGGUACCCAAGUCAUCCAGAAGAAAAGUAGUUUCAAGUAUCUUGGGUCUAUUAUGCAAGGCAGCGGGGAGAUUGACGAUGAUGUCACACAUCGUAUUGGGGCAGGGUGGAUGAAAUGGAGGCUUGCUUCCGGAGUGUUAUGUGACAAGAAGGUGCCACCACAACUUAAGGGAAAGUUCUACAAAGUGGUGGUUAGACCGACUAUGUUGUAUGGGGCGGAGUGUUGGCCAGUUAAGGUUUCUCACGUUCAAAAGAUGAAAGUUGCUGAGAUGAGAAUGUUGAGAUGGAUGUGUGGCCACACCAGGAGUGACAGGAUUAGGAAUGAGGAUAUUCGGGACAAGGUGGGAGUGGCCUCGGUGGAAGACAAGAUGCGAGAAGCGAGAUUGAGAUGGUUUGGGCAUGUGAAGAGGAGAGACACGGAUGCCCCAGUGCGGAGGUGUGAGAGGUUGGCCAUGGAUGGUUUCAGACGAGGUAGGGGUAGGCCAAAGAAGUAUUGGGGAGAGGUAAUUAGACACGACAUGGCGCAGUUACAGCUUACCGAGGACAUGACCUUAGAUAGGAGGGUUUGGAGGACCCAUAUUAGGGUAGAAGGCUAGUAGAUAGUCUCAUUACCCUGCCUUAUUAAUAGUCGCAUUAUCGUAGUAUAAUUUCUUGUGCUCUAAUUUAUGCUAUUAUGCUAUUAUCUGUUAUUUCCUGUGCUUUGAUUAUUCUAUGUUAUCUGUGUCGCUUGCGUUACUUCAUUUCCAUAUCGCUUUGAAUCUUUUAGCCGUAUCUGACCUC